AUGCCCGCCCCUCUUAACCCCCACCCGAAGCAUAGUUCCUCCUUUGCUUCGGAAUCACAAAACAAUGGUCCUCCUCGGGUACAGGUCUCGCAUGAAGACGAGGAUGCCAUUGCUGAUAUUCAUCGUACUUUGACUGAGAAAACUGCGGAGGAUCACAAGUACCCCGAACCGCAUUCUUCAUUCGACAAAUUUCUUGAGGAACAGGCCCAAGGCAAGAAACGAUCGAACCUUGGUGUUUGUUUCCAGUCGCUUUCUACUUGGGGCGAUGGCGACAGUCAUGCUGAUGUGAAAACCCUCGGCACUGCUCUAUGGCGCACUCUCACCAUGCAAGAUAUCUACGAGUGGACCAUCCAGCCUUGGAUAACGAAAAAAAAGCCCGAAGAUGGCCGUCAACUCAUUCGUGAUUUCUCCGGUGUUGUGGAGAGCGGCGAGAUUAUGCUCGUCCUCGGACGCCCUGGCGCGGGCUGUUCAACCUUCCUCCGCACAAUAGCAGCCCACCACUCCUCAUUUCUAGGCGUGACUGGCUCGAUCGACUACUCUGGUCUCAGCCAGGAAGAAGUGAAAUCUCACUAUCGUGGCGCAGUAGCAUACGUCCCAGAAGAUGACGUGCAUUUUCCAACGCUGAAUGUGCGGCAGACCCUCGAGUUUGCACUGCAGAGCAAGACACCAAAGCGCUACCGUGAGAGAAUUCCGCGCUAUCUGGAGAUCUACGGGCGUGUUUUUGGUAUGUCGCAUACUAUGAAUACGCUCGUGGGUAAUGAGUAUAUUCGCGGUGUGUCAGGCGGAGAAAGAAAACGCAUUUCGAUUAUAGAGUCCCUUGCUACCGAUUCUUCGGUUGCUUGCUGGGAUAAUUCGACUAGAGGACUCGAUGCCUCUUCUGCCCUGGAUUAUGCGCGCAGUUUGCGCAUCAUGACGGAUACUUGUCGCAAAGCUACGCUGCUUACCCUGUACCAGGCUUCGGAUGCGAUUUAUGACCUCGUUGAUAAGGUGUUGCUCAUUGAUGAAGGGCGCAUGCUAUACCAAGGUCCUGCAAAUCAGGCCAAGCAAUACUUUGAGGAUCUGGGGUAUGAAUGUGCGGAUAUGCAGACUACCUCAGACUUCUUGACCAGUAUCACUCUCCCUGAGCGUCGAAGAUUCCGCUCUGGGUGGGAAAAUCGCGCACCGAAGGGUGCUAUCGAGCUUGAAAAGGCUUUCCGACAAAGUGCUGCGUUUGCCAAGGUCGAGAGUGCUGUUGAGAAUUAUGAGGAUCAAAAAGCCGGACGUCGCACAUCGGGUGCGUACCCGACUGACUCGGAGUGCGGCAGUGUGGAGGAAUUCAAGAAAACCGUUCAGAGCGACAAGUCACGCUUUGUUUCGCCCAAGUCGCCUUAUACUAUUUCGCUCUUCAGACAAGUUGUUCUCUGUGCAAAGCGCCAGAUGUGGCAGCUGAAAGGCCAUAUGAGUCCAUUGUACAUAAAGCUCGUCUCUUGUGUCAUUUAUGGCUUGUUGAUUGGUUCCAUGUUCUACAAUCAACCCGACACAACGGAGGGUAUGUAUUCACGAGGUGGUGUGCUCUUCUACUCGUCUAUUCUGCUUGCUUGGCUGCAGAUGUCUGAGCUGGAAGAGGCAAUGCAGGGCCGCGAUAUCCUCAGUCGACAGCAAAAGUUUGCUUUUGUGAGGCCUAGUGCUGUUUGCCUGGCGAGGUUUUUAUCUGAUUUGGUGAUCACCGCGCUUUUGACAUUUUUGUACUUGGUUGUCAUGUACUUUUUGUCUGGUCUACGGACUGAUGCCGGCCCUUUCUUCAUCGACUUCCUCUUCAUUUACACCUGCACAGUAUGCCUAACAGCCCAAUUCCGUGUCUUUGCCGCCUUAUCCAACAACUUCGAAGUGGCCCUUCGCUACUGUGGAGUCUCUGUCCUAUUCUGCAUCGUCUUCGGUGGCUACGUUCUAUCUGUCGACAAGAUGAUCCAGGAUGUGCCUUGGGUUGGGUGGCUUGCUUACACUACACCGGCUUUGUACACGUACGAAGCUGUGAUGGCUGCUGAAUUUCACAACAUGAACUUCUCUUGUGCAACUGGAUCCAUCAUCCCCUCUGGCGUGGACCAGAUAUACCAGACUUGUGCGUAUGCUGGUAGUAAGAUUGGGAGCACCAUUGUGAAUGGCGACGACUACUUGGCUGUCAAGUAUGGAUUCUACUACAGCCAUGUGUGGCGUAAUUUUGGAAUUUUGUGUCUGUUCACUGUGGUCUAUAUCGGUCUGACUUGUUGGUUGAGCGAGGUUAUGGAGUGGGAGCUCGACAGUGCAGGUCCAAUCCAGUUCAAGGGUUCCUCGAAGUUGUUGAGCCGAAAGAAGAACAGUCGAUGUGAUGAGGAGAAGGCGCCUGUCUCAUUUGAUUCAACUGCACCGCCAGCUGCACACAAUAGCAGGUCUGAUCAGGUGCUGUCAGCGACUGAAUCGACUUUUUCUUGGUCAGAUUUGGAUCUGAAUGUGCAGAUUGGUAAAGAAUCUCGAAAGCUCUUGGAUGGUGUUUCUGGAUACUGCAAACCCGGGUCCUUAACUGCUCUGGUUGGUGCCUCAGGAGCUGGAAAGUCAACAUUAUUGACUGCUCUCACCCAAAGAGAAAGCCCGGGUGUUCUAUCUGGAUCUCUCUUUGUCGAUAGUCUAUCCAUCGACGAGUCCUACAAUCGCCAAAUCGGAUACUGCCAGCAGAUGGACAUCCACGACGAAAGCAGCACUAUCCGCGAAGCUUUCGAAUUUUCCGCCCUUCUCCGCCAGAGCCAAGAGGUCCCCAAGGAAGAAAAGCUGGCAUACGUUGAAAAGGUUAUCCACACUCUUGAUCUGGUAGAAUUACAAGACGCAAUCAUCGGCUCCUUGGAUAUCGAAAAGAAAAAGCGCGUCACCAUCGGAGUUGAGCUCUGCGCUCGUCCCAAGCUCCUUUUGUUCCUUGAUGAGCCGACUAGUGGGCUCGACAGUCAAGGCGCGACUAACAUCGUUGCCUUGCUUCGUCGACUGGCGAACCAGGGACUGGCGGUUCUUUGCACUAUUCAUCAAGCUAAUCAGCAGCAAUUCGAAGAGUUCGACCGUGUCCUUGCCCUCAGCCCCGGCGGAAACACCUACUACUUUGGUCCAGUCGGCCACGCUGGCAGUGCAAUCUUCAACUACUUCGCUAAACAUGGCAACAUUCCCAAAAAAGUCACCAACGCAGCAGAUUUCCUUAUCGAAGUCGUGGUGGGCGGCAUGAAAUUAUCGGACUACGAGAAAACAAAUUGGGCCUCCGUCUGGCGCAAUUCACAGGAAUACACUGACGUCAAGAACGAGAUUGCCUCCAUUCGCUCCAACAAAAGUCACCCAGCAUCUCUCCCUCCAUCCCAACCAUCCAUCACCACUCAAAUCACCCUCCUGACCGAACGCACGUGUCGCCAGUUCUGGCGCACAGCGGAGUAUCCAUACUCCCGUCUGUAUUCGUCUUUCCUGCACGCUCUUAUCAACGGUCUUACAUACCUGCAGAUUGGAAACAGUACCACAGAUCUACAAUCAAAAGCCUUCUCGUGCUUCCUUGUUCUGAUGCUCGUGCCGGAGUUUAUCAAUGCUAUCUCUAUGCGGUUUAUCCUUAAUCGCGAUAUUUGGUUGGCGAGGGAGGGACCCAGUGGGAUUUAUGGAUGGGUCGCUUUCUGCACUGCACAGAUUGUCUCGGAGAUUCCAUAUUCUGUGAUUGGAAGUGUGAUUUUCUUCGUUUUGUACUAUUUUCUCGUUGGCUUGCCGCUUGGCUUCGCAGCGGGAUAUAGUUUUUUGAUGUUUUUCCUUUUCUUCCUCUUUGCUACAUCGUGGGGUCAGUGGAUUGCUGCUAUGAGCGCCGACUCCAUGAUCGCCGCCACACUCAUGCCCUUCUUCAUUAUUAUGUGUGAGCUUUUCAACGGCAUCCUCCAGCCUCAUAGCCAGAUGCCCGCUUUUUGGAAGUACACCAUGUACUAUAUUACACCAUUCACAUACUGGAUCGGCGGUGUGCUGACUUCAGUUCUACGUGGUACGGAGGUCGUCUGUUCGCAGAGCGAGUUGACUAUCUUCGGGAGCCCGCCGAAUGUCACCUGCGGCGAUUAUGCAGGCUCUUGGCUCGGAUCCAAGGGCAUUGGAUACCUGUCCAACCCGAACGGUAUGGGAGAAUGUGGAUAUUGCGAAUAUGAGUAUGGCGAUGAUUAUCUUUCUGGAAUUGGUCUUGACUCUUCGAAGAUUUGGCCGUAUUUUGGAAUUUUCCUGGCUUUCACAGUGACCAAUUAUCUGAUGGUUUACUUGCUGGUUUAUGUGCGGUCGGUUAUGAAGCCGAUUUGGCGGAAGUAG